AUGCCGGUUCUCAGAAGUAGCUUGGGGCAUUCAAAUGUUUAUAUUGCAAGUGACACUUCAAGUCUCCACGAGAUGAAUUUUUCAAAUGGAGAAGUAAUUUCUGAAAAAAGCUCAACAAGCCUGUUUGAGAAAAAUGGCUAUCAGGACUCCAUUUACCUAAACGCUGCCAACAUCUUUCAGGGCAUUCAUAAUGAAAAGCCUCAAGAUAAAAUAUUGGUAAAAUAUGGACAUGGGCCACUACCUUCUCUUCCUGAUUUCAAAGAUGAACAAUUCCAGCGUUUGUCCUAUGAACUGGCUUUUAGUGCUCUAAAAUGUAAGUAGAAAGCCUGUCCUAAUUUUUCUACUUUCCACCCCAACCAUUAAACUAAAAUGUGUACAUAAUUCACCUUUGUGUUUAGAACUAUGUAAUUUGUAGCUAAUCUAGUUGGCAUAGAGAGCAGAGUCUCAUUUCUGUCUCUCUUUCAACCACACAAUGGUGUUUCAUUUCUCUUUUGCAAAUCUUGAAUAUUUAGGGCUUGAAUGAGUUUAUUUUAAUCAAGAAUAUGUGCAACAACUAUGACUGCGUGCUUGGCAGAUUUUUCUCUGCCUUUCUGCCCAAGGCUUAAAAAGAAAAAAAGCAGGUUAUAUAUGUUUCCAAGGGAUGAAGGACAGCCUGCUCCUGAGAGACCACUGCUUUCUAGGGGAGAAUCAACUACUUCACAUUACAUGUGUCUUGUGUCUCUAUUCCUUUCCUUCCUUAGAGGGCUAAUAGCUUUAAGUAGAAAAAAGAGGGGAAAAAGACAGGAUGUGUGCAUGUUUGGCUCGGGCUUUCUGGAGCAGUACAUUUAGCCUGAGCAAUGCUCAGCUAACAAAACAUACAGCUUAGGUGAUACGCUAUUUCGGUUUUUACUUGGAUGUAACCACUGGGUGAUCUGGGGUGGUGGUGGUGGUGGUUAUUUGUAAGCUUGGCAUAAUCUGCGUUUCCCUUUCCUCCAUACAUCUGUAUCUUCCUCUAUCUCAUCUAUAUGUUACAUUCCGCAUUGCUUUGAAUCACCUUCAGCACAUAUAUGUAUCCUUUUUUAUUUUGUCUGUCUGCUGAGAAGUGGCUGGCCUUCACUUUUGACAGACUGUUUGAGUGACUGCUCUAGUGCUGUUUCCCACAAAUUAAUUAUAGUCCAGCCCUAUGGUCUAGGGUUGGUUUUACUGUCAAACCCAACCCUAGUCCAAUUCUGAAACAUUCCUUGAUCUUUGAAAAAGAGCUCCCUACUCUGCCCAUCUGCCAAAUUUUAAUUUUGUAGCAGGGACAUCACACAACAUGUGGGGGAAACAAUCAGAACCACGUAUACAUGCUUUUAAAAAGACUUUUAAAGAAGUCUUUAAAAAGUCCAUGGUUAUUCUUCUUAAGAAAACUGGUGUAUGCUUUGCAUAACUUAAUUUAUUAUGAACCAGCCCUAGUAGAUCCAUUGAUUGGAGAACUUUCUGGUUUUCUGCAUGCAUUUAUGAAACAAGAGCACACGCAGACACACACCAAGUCUCUGACAAAAGUGACAUUUAGCUAAUAAACAGGCAUAUGUAGGCAGUCACCAAAAUAUAUUUCUUUCCCUCAAAAGUCAGUUCUUUUUAUCUUUAAGAGGGACAAGCUGUGGUGGAAAGUGCACAGUAUUCAGACAUUGAGAUGCCAAUAGGAAAUUAAGGAGGGUGAGGGAGGUUACCUUGCCAACUUGCUGAACUGAGAUAAGCAUGUCUGAAUUGGUAUGCAGAAGUGGAGGGAAAGCUAUUGGCGUCCAUGGCAACAACCUAAAAUAUGGUGACAUCAGCUUUUAUCGCUCAUGCAGGGAGGAGAAACUAUUUCUGCCCAGCAUUAAUAAUCCACAUUCCUAGUUGAAAUUGAAUAUAAUGUGGUGCUUAAACAGAGGAAAAUCCUAGGCAAAGCGUAAUCACAAAUACUUCCAUGAAUCUAAAAAUUAAACUUAGUAAGUGCUGUGCUUCUGUGUUCUUGAAACUAUAACAAUCAACAAGACAGCAAUAGUCCAUUAAAAGUACCAUGGAUGGGAACAAGGCCAGGUAUCCGGUUGUUAAACACUGGGGGCGGGGGGGGGGGGGGAGCUGCCUUGUGAUUUUCCUUCUACCUUUCCAUGGACACAAGCUUUCUUUUGAACAAGAUGUUAUGUACUGUGCUAUUAAUAAGGAAUGUGUUCCAACAACAUUUGUGUGCACUCCUGCUCUUGUGUUUUGCAGUUCUUGACUUUUAAGAACCUGUGUACACAAUUAGAGAGGUUUCCCCCCCUCUCUCUUACAUGUCCACUUCAGCCAACAGAUUGUAUUUCAUUAUGGGGAUAAAAGUUUGUGUGUACCUUGUGUGUGUAUUUUUUAAAGGCAGGUACUAUAAAUUACAUUGAAGUUGGCUCAUUUUGAAACUGACCAUAGCUGGUGUAAAUGAAGAUUCCUAUGGGAAUACACGGCUAACUAAAGCCAAAAGCCUUCCUUUGCAGGAGGAGGAAGGGGUAGAGGAGAAAUCUAGUUCUAGAUUUAUGCCUUAUGCACUUUGCACUAAACCAUGGUGUUACUCAGGGACAGCAUCAUGACCAGAGACAGCAACUGAGAGGGGGCUGCUUCCUGAGCCCAAGGGGAAAAAUUGCAGCUAGAGAAGUGAUCACAGCCUGCUAAUGUAACUAAAUCAACCUAUGAGUAAAGUUGGGAAAUGGCUUGCCAUUCUUUCUGUGGAACCAUAGACAGUUUCCAUAGUUUCGGUGGGACGAGCUCUGAGUGGCACAUUGUUUAGUGAGAUGUGCAAAUAUUGCCACUUAUGGUCUUGUACAUCUUGUGACAUUAAACACAUGAUUUAUACUCAUGGAAUACUAAAUUUUAUUCACACUUAUUCACACAUAUUUUCAGAAUUCACCUUAGAAAUGUUUAAAUGUUACUGAUUGCUACAAUUUUUUUAAAAAGCAAAUGCUGUAAUAAUUUGAAGAUCGCUUCUACCAUCUUUUUUGUCUGUAGAUCAAGAUGUUCUUGAAACUAUAUUGCUAGACAGUGGCAUUUAUCCAAUGCAGUCAAUAGUGAGUAAAUAUUUUGUUUUGUGUUUGUUGUACCUUGUUUGCUUAAAUUACCCUGUGCAGAUAACUUACUAAUGCACUCACUUUACACAUCACUAGAUGAGUAACUAAUUUAAAAAGGAAAUAAUCCAUGUUCUUUGUAUGCAGAUGAAUAUAAAGCUUUAAGGACUGGCUUGUGUUCAAAGAAAAAUGGACUUGCGUGUCUUAUUCUUGAGUUUCAGAAUCCCCCCCCCCUCUAUACACACACAAACACACAACAUACCUGUGACACAUGUAUUCAUAAACAUAUAUGGCAGAAGCCUGCCGAUUUGAUCACUGAUAAUUAGGUUUUCCCUGAGCUAUAUAGGGUUGCCAUAUUUGAGAAAGUAAAAUUCCUGACACCCGCAAAGUUGUUGGGCUAUUUUUGGGAACAAACCCAAAUUCUUGAGCUUUUGGGGGGGGGGACCAAGCUUUUGGAGCUGUUUCUGCUGCUUUCCCCCCUGUGUUGCCAUACAUCCAGGUUUUCUCUGACAUUUUGGCAAUUUGGCAAAAUUUCCCCUUGACGCCAUUUUUAUACCUGAAAACCAGGACAUGUCAGGAACUUUCCUGACAUAUGGCAAGCCUAGAGCUAUACAACAUGAAAAAAGAAACAACACAUAUUUAUUUUAAGCAAAUAAAAUGCUAUCAGUUCACACUUUCAAUGUAACUUUAGAAAAAUUGGUAGUGGUGGACAGGAAAAAGCCAAUAAAAAUGAGGAAAGUGCACAGCAAUUUAUUUUGAGUAAACAAAGAAAAUGAUACCCCACACUCAGGUUUGUUUUGCUAUUGGAAGGCUAGCAUUGCAGUUGAUUGUAUUCAAGAGAUCUGAAGAUCAUAGCUGCUCCACAUGUGCCCUGGGGUUGUAAACUGCAUUUUAAAAAGCUUUCUUAAAUGCUGCGAUUACUGGACUGCUGGCUUCACUGUGCGUGUGUACUAUAAAUAAAAAAUUAAAAAUCAUGGCCUACUGGGAACUAGUGGUUCUAAAACUGAAGAGAGCCUUCUGGUUUAUUUUAACAAUUAGAAGUAUUUCAAAAGGUUCAGAAAAAUAGUUUUCAUUUUUUAUUAGUGCCCCAUUUUUAUUAGUCCCCAUUUUUAAAAGUCAGCAUCUGAACAGUUGUGUUUUUUGCACUAUAAUAUGUAUAAAGGUAAAGAACCCCUGGACGGUUGAGUCCAGUCAAAGGCGGUGCUCAUUUCGCUUCAGGCUGAGGGAGCUGGCGUUUGUCCACAGACAGCUUUUCUGGGUCAUGUGAUCAGCAUGACUAAACUGCUUCUGGUGCAACAGGACACCAUGACAGAAGUUAGAGUGCACGGAAAUGCCGUUUACCUUCCUGCUGCAGUAGUACCUAUAUCUACUUGCACUGGUGUGCUUUCGAACUGCUAGGUUGGCAGGCGCUGGGACAGCAAUGGGAGCUCACCCCAUUGUGCGAAUUCAAACUGCCGACCUUCUGAUUGGCACGCCCAAGAGGCUCAGUGUUUUAGACCACAACACCACCCAUGUCACUAUAAUAUGUAGGAACCUCUUCUGUCUGUUUGGAGGGUUGUGCUGCAGAUUUAGCAUUUGGGUAUUCUUUUUUGUUGCUUUCCUAUCUUGCCACAUGGAGAUUCUCUCUUUUUGCAGUCAGACCAAUUGACCAGUCUAGUUGUUGUGAUGCUGUAUGAUCUCCAAGAUCGGAAAUUUGAAGCUCGCGAAAACAUUGAUGAUGAAGAACAAAUAGCAGAAGUCCAGGAAGUUGAGCGUUAUCUUUGCAGGUAUAUGUACAAGAAAGUAGACGGAUUCUCAUCUGAUAGCAAGUACUGAACAAUUUUCGGAUGUGAAAUCUCAUGUCGGGCUUCACAAUCAGUUAGACUGAUUGAUUUCAGUUUGAUUAGAAUAAUAUAAUGCUGCCCCCCAGUAGUGGCUGGUGCAGAGAUGGGGUGCUGCUGAUUCCCUGACUUCCAAACGCAUUGUGUCUCUGGCGCUUACCAGAGGGGUGUGGGGCAAGGUGUGGGAAGAUCAGUGCUGUGUGGUGGAGCCAAUCCACCAAUCUGGACCUUAUGUUCCUGUGCAACACCAAAUUCCCUGUGCCCCCACUUCUCCCUUCAGCAUUUGGAAGAGGGGAGAGCAGAGGGGCCCUGCCUUCAACUGGUGCUGCUCCCUCCAUGGGAUAUUAACUCUGUUCUGAACUCUGUUUCUUUCAAUCUCAUAUUAUCUUGGGAAAGUAAGUCAACACCCUGCUCACUUCUAUAUAGAAGAGAAAAAUGCUUCCACAAGAAUACAGAGGAUAGACUUCCUUGGUGUUGCUACCAAUUGUUUCCAGCCUUCCCCCGACGGCCUUUUCAGGAGAUUAGGAAGACUGCUGGGAGCAGGAAAAACUGCAAAGAGAGAGAGGCUCAGUUAUAGCUCUGGGGCUUUUUAAUUCAGAAAAAAAAUGAGUAAUGAGGAUAUGAUAGAGCUGCAUAAAAUUAUGUCUUGUGUGAACAAAGUGGACAGAAGUUUAUCUCUCAUAAUGCUAGAGCUAGGGGGUCAUCCAUAAAAGCUGAAUGGGGGGAAGUUUGGGACAGAAAAAAUGAACUUCAUUCAGGACAUAUCUAAACCAUGGAAUCCAACUAUGUGGACAGCUUUAAAAGGGGAUUGGACAAAUUCAUGGAGGAUAAUGGCUUCUAGUCAUGAUGGCUGAAAACCAGUUUGGGGACAUUACAAGUGACAUUGCGCUUAUGUCCUUCUUGUGGUCUUCUAGGAGGUAGCUAACUGGGUACUUUUGAGACAAUAUGCUGGACAAUAUAGGUCUUUUGAUGUGAUCCAGCAGGGCUGCUCUAAUGUUUAACUUGUCUCUGGUUUGUUUGCAUCUAUGAUCCUUACCAGGCUUACUAAAACCUAGUUUCAUUUGGAACCAACAAUCUGGGAUCGAAAAUCACAGCUUAACAUUGGGUUGUGAAUCUUGGCCUGAAUUAACUCUGGCUUGUUGCAGCAUGCAGGUUUCGUAUCCUGGUUUCUUUUGUUGCUGCUAGCCUAGAAACAGAGCUGCAGGGGAAGAAUGACUCAACACGGCUCAUAUGCCGAGAUUCUCACUGGCACUUUCCCUUCCUUUUCAUUCUGCCUGGCGACAGGCUCCUUUCCCUUCCCACCUGCUUCUGACAAGCUGUUCUUCACUAGCCUAGAUGAGGCUUUGGGGUGGGACGUGGAUGGGCCAUUAAAGGGACCAUGGGCAGUUUUUACCAUACUGAACUAGGGGUUAAAAGAACUCAUACUAAGUGGUUUAAAUUAUUGAGUGUGUUAUUAUCAAGAAGCAUGUAUCACCCUCCUUCAACCCACUGGACAUUAAGAAAAACAGCAUUUUUAGAUUGGCAAACUAUAUCAACAGAUGCAGUCGUACAGCUGGAUCUAAAAGCUACCAACGCCCAUUUCUUCAGCAGCCCAUCCAGCCCCUUUCUUGUUCAGUGGACCAAAGUAAUUACUGACAUUUCUUCUGCUUGCUUACCAUAUGAACUUUUGUUCAAGAGGAUUGGGAGCAAAGGGUCAACAAAGAGGGCUAUCAAAUCUUCCUGGCGAGUGUCUAGGAAUGGGGGAAGGCUUUGCAGCUUUGCACAGAGAUGUGUCUAAUGAUCUCUAGAGGGAAGAGCAUUUGCUGCUGGCCAGUUGUAAGAGAGCUGGGGACUUGAGUGACAACUUACCCUUUGUUGAGCAAAGCAAAAGGCUUUGGAGUAUUUGCAGAGGAGAUGUCAUGGGGUGUGGGUGCGGACAACUGAUAAAGGAUGAAACUAAUCAUGCUCUGAUCCAGGUCCUGGCUUGCUAAACUAGGGAAUAGAGGGAAGAGUGGUGAGAAAACUGGCUCUCCAGAUGUUGGUCUUUGAGCCCCAGUGGCAUAGUCAGUGUUGUUGGGAAUAAUAGAAAAACAAGAUCUGGAGGGUUAUAUUCCCCACCUCUGGCUUAGUAAACGUGGAGCAGAUCAGUCCAUUAUAGCACAACCUGAAUCUGUUCUGAUGAUUUCUCUAGCUGUAAAUGCCCUGGGGACAGGGGAGUUGGCCAUAAUUUUCUCUUAUGUAUUUCAAUACCAGUAUUGAUUGUUGCAAGGAAACAGGAUUUUGCAAGAUUAAAUAAUCACGAAUUAAGCUUAUAACAAGAUUUAUCCAUAUCCUUCUUUUAAUCUAUAGUUUUAAGACAAAACUGGCCGCUGCGUUAGCAAGAUGUCGAAUCAAACACGAUGCUCUUUCUCUAGAACACAUUCUGCCAGAAACAAUAAGGAAACAAGAACAAAGGGCUUCCACACUACCCUUGUAUGUGUGGGUCAAUUCACUUAAAAUAAGGUGAGGUUGAAAGCUUGCUAGUAUAGCAUGUAUGUUUUAAAUAUUUGCUUCUUCCAUAAUUAUAUCACAUGCUCAUAGAUAAUAUAAGCAUAUUCUCCAUGUGAAAAUGUGUUGGUGGCAAGUAAAUUAAAUGGUUUUCUUGAAAGCUCCAUAACAUUGUCCUAGUACUCUAAACUUAGUGGUGAAUGUGAGUGGAAUGUUCUUUUGUUGGUAGUCUGUACCUGCCUAUUUUAACUACCAAAACACACUGUUGUGUGUGCCAUUGCACCCUUUAUGUUGAAUCUACUGAUUCCCUUGCUUACAGCAGCAGCAACUGCAACUUACAAAUGUUGUUCCUGCCAAUUCUUACCAGCUCCGGCUUUCACCUAGAGACUUUAGAACCAUAUUUCUACAUCUGGAUGCCCAACAGUGCAACUGCUUCCUUGUAUUCCUGUGCGACACAUUAAAAUCAGUCUUAUUUAGACACGAGCAGCAAACAGAAACGGGAGAUACAAGCUUUGCCAAACGAGAGUACACAUUUUUGUUAGAUACCAAAAACAAUGAAUGCUCUCCCAAGGGCCUUUCAGACUGUGUCUUCUUAGGUGGCAUUAAAUCACAUACUGGCAAUUUCAGGCUGCACAACUAAAGUUGAUUUGGCACCCUUGCACAACAAACCCACUUCCCCCCAGAAUUUGAGUUUUUACUAUAAGGAACACAGAAUACUUAAUAGAAAGCCAGUGUUGUUCUAAAGGUAAAGGUAAAGGGACCCCUGACCAUUAGGUCCAGUUGUGGCUGACUCUGGGGUUGCGGCGCUCAUCUCGCUUUAUUGGCUGAGGGAGCCGGCGUACAGCUUCCGGGUCAUGUGGCCAGCAUGACUAACCCGCUUCUGGCGAGCCAGAGCAGCGCACAGAAACGCCAUUUACCUUCCCGCUGGAGCGGUACUUAUUUAUCUACUUGCACUUUGACGUGCUUUCGAACUGCUAGGUUGGCAGGAGCAGGGACCGAACAACGGGAACUCAUCUACUUCUUUACAAACUUUGUGUAAAGUGAUGAGGAUGCCUACUUGAUAAAAAGGUCAUUUGGAAGUGACCCCAAAGUCUAGCUGUCCGAUUCAGCGUCUCGAUAUUUACCUGCUACUAUACAUUCAGCAUCACUAUUUUGGGAGCAACCCCAAGUUGAGUAUGCAAGCUUGGAGGGAUUAGAGCUGAACUAGGCCAUGUGGAUCUUUAUACUCAGCUUAGCAGUGGCAUGUUGCUCCAGGGAAGAGCAGAUCUUUCCAGUAAGGGAUCUGAGAAAGUUGUUCGGGAAAGGGAACAGAAGUGUAGCUUCAGACUUUGUUGAACCUGGUACAGGUAGAACCAUGGAGAAUUAUUUCUGUGGGGUGCAUAUUCAGCAUUUUAAGAACUUUGUACAGUGGUACCUCAGGUUACAUAUGCUUCAGGUUACAUACGCUUCAGGUUACAGACUCCGCUAACCCAGAAAUAUUACCUCGGGUUAAGAACUUUGCUUCAGGAUGAGAACAGAAAUCGUGCAGCAGCGGCGCAGCGGCAGCAGGAGGCCCCAUUAGCUAAAGUGGUUCUUCAGGUUAAGAACAGUUUCAGGUUAAGAACAGACCUCCAGAACGAAUUAAGUUCUUAACCCGAGGUACCACUGAAUUUGCAAGUCCCAGGGAAGGAAGCUUGUAUGUACAGGAAAUGUGUAACUAUGUGUAGCAGGGUAGUGAGCAACAACAAAUUAAAUUAAUGCAGACAUAUCUGUAGUGUUUCAGAUGCAAGUACAAGUGAUUUCUUACUUUUAUAUUAAGCACUUAUAUUAAACAGUUGUGUUUCUGCAAUAGCCUUGAAGAUGUUCAUAGCACUUUACACAAGGAGGGAUUCACUAGAGUGGAAUCGGUCUCCAGUUUUGGUGGCUAUUCAUAUUGCCUAGAUAAGCACUGUGAAGACGUACUCAUUUUCCCUUCAACUCUUAAAGAAAAGCUUCUUACUCUGCAGCUGUUUUCUGAUUACAAGCUCUUAUUGCAGGUAUGUUAACAUGAAACUGAAAUGAAUGUCCUAACUUCAUGCGUCAUAGUCUUUCUGUGUUGCAUGUUUUAUUUCUUUUCAAUGUCUUGUUAAAAGAAAAAAGCAAUUUAAAUAAAUUGUGGUGCUAUGGCUGUGCUUACAAACUUCUGCAAAAUCUGUUUUGAUGUGUUGCAUGUGUUUGUUAGAAUGCUUAUCUUCUUCCACAAAGAACAUCACUAAUUUGACCACAGCUGUAGUGCAGUUUUUACAGUUGGCUCGGAAGACUUGCUUGUCAGUAGUCACCAAACUGUUUAGCAAGAAGCUCAAAACUGAAAAAAUCUGUUUGUGAAACUUUGCAGUAAUAUCAUUGGCUUGAAUUACAUUAAAUUCUGGGUGUGGAACUAUCUUUCUCUACAGUCUUCAGUAGUUCAUUGCUAGCUUUUGAUUUGUUUUAACUUCAGUUCACAACCAUUGUUUUCUGUUGUCUUGUAUUUGUUGUCUUCUGUUCUUGCCUCUCCUUUGUCCUAUGACAUCGUCUCUUUUCAGUCUUUGGAGAUAGUGCUUUUCAUUACAGCCUACCACUGGAGUACCACUUUUCUUGCAAGGUGAUUUAUAGGCACUCAUGCACACACUCCUUGAAAUUUCUUUUGGCCCAUUGUUCCUCAUCUCUGAACAUCAAGCCUACUAAGCCCCUUUCACCUUAUAUGGGUUCUAGGGAUAUCAUGCAACUGACACUGGAUGACCUUAAGGCAAGUUAAGCACAUUUACUUAAUUGUAAGUAAGUCCUUUAAUUCUGAAAGGCCCUCAGGUUAUGAACUAAAUGUGAUAACCUUGAAUGCUGGAGUAGAAGAACUAGCUAUGACGUCCAUGAAACUUCAGCUUCAUUGGGGGCAGCUUUACUCUGGACUUGCUAGAGUUUUCUUUGUUCAGUGUCAAGUGUAGGGUCUGAGGUGACUAAGAGACAUGAGUUAUAAUCUGGGAAGCUGUGGUUCAAGUCUUUUGAUGUUCUCACACAGUUCUAUUUUCAUAUUAAUCCAUAAAUAUAAUCCCAUUCUCUUUUUCUCCUCUUGCUUUUUAUCAGUUUGUUGGCAUUCAGGGGGAGGUUUGCCAAAUCGUUUAUGUAGCAAACAUGGUGUAUAUAAAGAAAGGGUAAAGGCUUCCCUCCCCCAUCACAUACUGUAUCUUUCUACAAAGGAAAUCUUUCCAAUUUGAAACAUUGCAACUCAGUAGCUGAUUCACUUGGCAAUUUAUAAUCUUGUCCCAUCCAUCCUGCACACGUCUGUAAAUUAGAGCCAAUUUAUCUAGGAGUCUUGGUUGACCACAAACUUGACAUGAGCCAACAGUGUGACGCGGCAGCUAAAAAAGCCAAUGCAAUUCUGGGCUGCAUCAAUAGGAGUAUAGCAUCUAGAUCAAGGGAAGUAAUAGUGCCACUGUAUUCUGCUCUGGUCAGACCUCACCUGGAGUACUGUGUCCAGUUCUGGGCACCACAGUUCAAGAAGGACACUGACAAACUGGAACGUGUCCAGAGGAGGGCAACCAAAAUGGUCAAAGGCCUGGAAAUGAUGCCUUAUGAGGAAUGGCUAAGGGAGCUGGGCAUGUUUAGCCUGGAGAAAAGGAGGUUAAGGGGUGAUAUGAUAGCCAUGUUCAAAUAUAUAAAAGGAUGUCACAUAGAGGAGGGAGAAAGGUUGUUUUCUGCUGCUCCAGAGAAGAGGACACGGAGCAAUGGAUCCAAACUACAAGAAAGAAGAUUCCACCUAAACAUUAGGAAGAACUUCCUGACAGUAAGAGCUGUUCGACAGUGGAAUUUGCUGCCAAGGAGUGUGGUGGAGUCUCCUUCUUUGGAGGUCUUUAAGCAGAGGCUUGACAACCAUAUGUCAGGAGUGCUCUGAUGGUGUUUCCUGCUUGGCAGGGGGUUGGACUCGAUGGCCCUUGUGGUCUCUUCCAACUCUAUGAUUCUAUGAUUCAUCCUAAUAAACAGAAGAGCCUCUGCAUCUUAAUGGCUGCGUCUGGGGGUUACUGAUAGGCAAAGUGCUUUGGCACUCAGCGUCUUCUUGUCUCACGGAUUCCAUGCCGGAGCAAGAACCCAGGUAUCAAGACAAUCUGUGGGUGAAGUUCACUCCCCCUGGGCCCUGGGGGGAGCUUGCAAGGACAGUUACCCUCAAAAGCAUCCUUGUUUUUCUCUGCAAACGACCUCCGCUAAUGUGGGAGCUGUACCCAUUAAGGCAGGGAGCACCGGAAGUCACCAGCCUGCCUCUGUAUUGGCACCAUAUGCCUUGCAAACAUCAGUGUGAUUAUCAUAUGGAAGCAAUUACAUGGAUGAUCACUUGGAACAUGUGUGGAAUUUAGCAAAUGUUAUGUUUGAAGCCCCUUCUGUCAGGAAAUUUUCCCGAACUGCAUGCCACACUUUCCAUACUACGGGGCUGUAUAUAAUCACAUGGCUGGGCCCAUAUGUGAAGUAGUUGGUUUAGAUUGCAAGCAGAAACUUAGUAACGACUGCACAUUCAAAAUGACAAAUUCAAUUUUCCUGAAAUACUUUUUUACUUGGGUGUUGGUCCUGCAGAAAUAAACAAGCUUUGCCGCUUAAAUAAUUUGUCAAUCACCCUUUUCUUAAUUGGGCAUCUCUGCUUAAUUCUUAGGAUAAAUCCAGGAGUCUUGCCGUCCAUUCGGCGAAGGCCUUGCUGAAUAUGGAUGAUGACAUCUUAAUAGCACACAUGGGUUCAUGGCUCACUGUGGCUCAUAUGUCGGUGCUGACAAAUCAGAUGACUUCCAAAGUGUUUGUAUGUGGAGUAAAGUCUUUGGCAAAGGAAGCUGAACUGAAGGACUUGUUUGCACAGAUGGAGUGUAAAAGUAAGCAUGUGUUAGCACUAUUCAUACCACUUAGAAGCCAUUUGACAUGGAAGGGUAUAUACACUAAUUAAUGAUUAAGUAAUAAAUUCAAAAUUGACCCAUUUGUUUUAGAACGCUCUGGUUCACCAGAAGCAGCUUAGUUAUGCUGGCCACAUGACCCGGAAGCUAUACGCUGGCUCCCUCAGCCAAUAAAGCGAGAUGAGCGCCGCAACCCCAGAGUUGGUCACGACUGGACCUAAUGGUCAGUGGUCCCUUUACCUUUACCUAACUUGCAGACUUAUUUGGUUCUUCUCCCCUCUCCUUCAGAUAUUGUGCUACUACGUGAAGAUUUUGCAAACAUUGAACCAACUGAUAAGCUGCAGAAAGUUAAAGUUAUUUUACUACUGCCUCGGUGUUCAGGCCUGGGGGUUAGCAACCCAAUAGAAUUCAUUCUAAAAGAACAUGAAGGUAACUUUUUGAAAUAUUUCUCUUAGAUUGCCGUAAAAUGAAAUGUUUGAUCUGCAUUCCUGCCUGUCUUGGCAUUAUUGGUGUUGAUGGUUUUAUGCUCAUUUUAGAGAACCAUCAUUAGUGGAAUCCUAAACAAUUAGUGGAAUCCUAAACAAUUUCCAUUAUCUCUACCUGCAACUCAAGCACAAUGUUUUGUGAUGCAUUGCUGCACUACUUGACACACUCUGUUUUUUGUUGGUUCAUCUGGUUUUAAAUCAGCCAACGAGAGUGAUAAGAAUUAGGGGUUGGCAGUCUGGUCAGUUGGUCUCAGUCUUUCUCUUACUUCCCAUCUGUCCUCAGAAAAGUUGCCAAUUUCUCCCCCUUUUGCCUGCAUAAUCCUAGACCAGAAGAAAAACUUUGUAAUACAUCUGGGUGGAAGUUGCUAAGAUGUAAUAAAUGGUGCAUAAAAAUAUGAUCAAAGUGGCUUGAAACUGGCUUGUUGAAACCAAUCAUAGUUGUGUUAACCAUCAUUCCGAGUCCAGAUGAUGCAGCAAACUGGUUUAAUAGAAUUGAAGUAAACACUUCCAAAGUAUUUGUUUUUGUCAUGUGGAAAGGAGAGGGGAGAGUUCUUUUUUGAGGGCAGUGCACAUUGCCAUGGUUUAGUUUUUAAUGAGGAAAUGGCCAGUUACUGGGUUUUGUUUGAACUUACUCACUGUUUUCUCUUCAGAUGCAGAAUUACUGAGAGAUCUCUCUCAGGGCUCUGUAGCAGAAGAUAAACUCAAUUCCCUUGCUCAACAGCAGCUGAAAGAAUUGUCACAUGCAAUGCAGUGUAAGUUUGUCAUUAACUGGUAAGAAUUAGAGUAAAAUAUUGUGUAUAGACAACCCCCGAGUAUUCAGAGAAAUAAAAGUGCUGAGAGGAAAACUAUAGGAAGAGAAAAUUGUUCCUGGAGCAAAAAAUGUCACAAAUAGUGAUUGGCAUCUGAAAACAAUCUUGCAACAGGAUCAGUUACCUCGUUGUUUUAAGGAAUCUCAGUGGCCUUCUUUAGGGGCAUUUGUUAUCCUUUGGGAUUUCUUUUCCCAUGCAGUUGCGAUGGAAGGACAGCUGAUGAUUGACUAUUCCAGGAAAGGAGGAGUCUGCAAUGUACUAAACAGGCCUAGCCUAGCAGUCUUUAUUGGUUCUUUUAGCUGUUGUUGUUCUUUAUGUUCCUUUUAGAACUAGAAUCCCUGAUCUUUCCAGUCCACUCUAGCAAAGCCUUAUGAGCUAAUCAUCACUUGCUCCUGCCUUCUGGAAGGGAUAAUAAAUGCCCUCCCUUGAAAAUCAUUAAAUAGAAAAAAAAUCUUUUCUCUGCUGAAUAAUAUUUCUAAAAUUGUGAGAAAGUCAUUGUUCAUUUUUAUUUUAAAGUAAGGUUUUAAGAUUUGGUUCCCAAGGCAGCUAACUUGCAAAUUAUUUGGACUAAAUGGUCUUUAUGGGAAACAGGAUCAGAGCAGAUAAAAAGAUGGAACUCAUCAAUAAAACAAUUGCAAAUUAAAACUUAUUAAAAAUGGAGUGGCAAAAGCAUUUGAUCAAAGUGUGGCCCAUAAGUCUGUCUGAAUGAAAAGGUACUUGCAUGUCAGUGGAAAUCCAUCAGAGGGUGCUAGACAGACAUCACUAGGAAGUGAGAUAAAUAUUACUUGCUGAUGUCUGUAAAUCAAGUUGCUAUUAAAGGCACAGCCAUAAACUUAUAAUCCUAGCCAGAAAUGGAUGGUAGGGCAUGUUAGAGGCACAAUAUGGUUGUAGGGAAUGUGAAAAGGUUUUAGAUUAUAUAGAAGAAAGGGGAUCAGCAUGUGGGUCCCUAGUUGGGGUGGGCUUUUAAUGGAACAUAUGAUUUACUCGUGACAAAAAAUGAAUUCCUGGUUGCUUUAGUUAUAAGAUGGUAAUGUUCAAUACAUCUAUGCAAAUUGGAUCAACUUUAAAUGUUUUUAACAUCAAUUAGUGACAUGUGUUUAAUAUUUAAAGUGUGUUUAAACAAAAAUUAUUAACAGUUGGAUUUUCUCGUUACUUGAAUUCUUACAGUUAGCAGAGUGCAAGCUAUUGUCUACUGCACCUGUUCAGUUUACCCAGAAGAAAAUGAAGUUGUGGUGAACAAAGCCCUGGCAUCUGGAGCAGAAGGACCCAAGGCUCAGCCUUACAAGUAAAGAGCAGGCUUUUAUUGGUUGUGAAUUACAUUCAUCUGCUGAUGCAGAGCUUACAGUGCCAUAUAGUCCCUAUCCCAAUCAUUCUGUUUCAGAACUGUAGAGUACUCAGAGCUUGAGCAUAAAAUCCUGUCAAGCUGCAAUACCUAUUGUAGCUAAUUCAAUGAAAUUAGUAGCUGGUGAAUUUAAAAAAACCCCCAAACCUUCUACUCAUGAAAUUGAUGUGUCUUUCUGUCAGGAUGACCAUCUGCAUAUGUCAGUUUUUGCAUGUCUGCUUUAGUAUGUAGAUGUUACUAGAAAAAACAGAGUGCAUGGCCCCCGUUGAUACUAUUGUGUAGCCCAGUCCAUGCACUGUUACUUGGGUUCGAGAAGGGGAGGAGUAUGGCGGAAACUUUUGUGUAGUUUGAGAUGCUCAGAAGUUUGAGUUUAUUUCAAGCUAUAGUUUAUUGUGAUGUGUGAACCAAGCCCUUGAUUGUACGGUUGUGGCAUACAGAGAAAAGGAUUUUAUCACUUUUAUAUUGGGUUGGUCCCCAAAAUUGCUAUUGCACCAUCUGGUCAUUAACGCUUCUCUUGUACCAGAAACAACAGAUUUGCUGUUCUUCAGGAAAAUCCCAAGUACUUUUUUUGAGGGCAGUUUACACAUUGUGACAACUUAAAAAAAAUGGGCAAAAUGACUGAUGCCCAGAAUGGAUUUCUGCCUAGGCUGCUGAUUUACAUAAUGUGAUUUGGUGACCCUCCCGGAGCUGCAAAGGGGUUAAGUUUAACCUCUGGUUUGCUAGUAAAACUGAAUUACUGUGACAUGGAGCCAUGUCUAAGAAGUGUGUCACUGAUCUGAAAAGUUUGGAAAGCUCUGCCCUAAACCUAAGUACGUCAAGUGAAAAACUCUUCUGGACAUCAAUCAUAAUAGAAAUAUGCAAAAUAACUAAGCAAGUAUUAGAAGUCACCCCAGAACUGGCCCUACUAAACAUCUUCCAAGAUAAUAAUGCCCACUCACAACAUAAAGAGCUCAUAACCCACCUACUCUCAGCAGCCAGAAGCAUCAUAGCCAGACACUGGAGAGACCUGUCAGGAGUAAGCAUGAACCAAUAGUAUAGGAAACAGCCUUAUUAGAAAAACUAACCAACAAACUGAAAAUGACAUGGGGACAAAUAGAAGAAGACACCUUCACCCCAAUACACAGCCCGACAAGACAACAACAAGAACCCACUGACAGCAUACAAAUCAAUCUGGCUAACCUGAUCCAAACACACACCUACCCUGCUCAGACAUAAAAACAAAUCUCACUACAGCCAACCAAAGUCAAUCAACCACACCCUAGGCCACCCCCAACCUCUCUCACCACCAAGGAAAUACAACAAGCGAAUAGGAAGAGAACCCACACAAGUGACGCUGACACAAAACCCCACACAUACACUAAGUACAACGGUACCUCGGUUUUCGAACAUCUCCGUUGACAAACAUUUCGGUUUUUGAACGCUGUAAACCUGGAAGUAAAUGCUUCGGUUUUUGAAUAUGCCUUGGAAGUUGAAUAUGCCACGCGGCUUCUGCUGAGUGCAAAAUCAUGAGGCCUAACUGUCAGCUUUUGAGUUUUCGGUUUUUGAACAUUUCAGAACUCAAAUGGUCUUCUGGAAUGGAUUACGUUUGAAAACCGAGGUACCAUGUAGAAGAAUAGAAGCAUUGUCACCCACCUCCCUCGCCCCCCUUCCCCCCCUUUUCUUGCUAACCUAACACUGUAUGCAACACUAAUGUCUCACAACAAAUGAAACUGAUCUGUAGAAAACGCAACUUGAAAAAAAGAGACAAUGCACGUAUUUUUGUAAACUAAGAAAUCUUUAAUAAUUUUUUUUUUUAAAAAAAAACCCCACCACAACUGGGAACAGUUGCUGGCCAUUUAAAUGAAAACAGUGUGUUUAAUAUACUUAGGAAAAACCUUUCAUGACAGCUCUUAGCUUUUGUUUUUUUAAGAAAACUACAGGGAGGCCACAAUUGACUAAAAUUGCAUUUUACUUAAGGGUACAUGGUGGUGAUUCAAUACUUUGUGUUAAUAUCCAUUGUAGGCUUUGUCCGCCUGUUCUUCCAUUGUGUUGCAAAUCAGAAAUAAGCUUGUCUGCAGCAAACUUUUUCCGACUGGAGCCAUCAGAUAUUUCUAAUAGCUGUUUUAUAGCUGUUCUAUCCCGAGAGGUAAGUACUAGUAAAAAAAAAAAAAGUAAUAUAACCAAUAAAAUGAAGUGUUUUGAUAUUUUGAUUUUUUUUUGCUAGUGACUUCUUGGAUAUAGAUGAAAGGUAGUGUAGAUUUAACAGUUAACAUGCGUAACAGCCAACCAUUGUGCAAGUAAUCUGUCCACGAAGAAGGCAUUGUGCAGAUUUCCCAGUCGAUAUACAUAAUCUCCCUCAACUGCAUUUUGUAAAUUUCUUGGCCGUUAUGUCAUCUCUCCAAGAAAUGUGCUCUCGUUUCCUUUGCCCGGUUCAGUAGUAUGCAAUCUGUGUCCACCCCCCACCUGCCCCAACAUACCACCCCACUGAUCUGCUGAAAAUGUCAGGGUCCCAGAUAAAGAUUAACCUUUUUUCCUGUAGUGCAGCCUUCUUUUCACCCUUCCUACCACCCCACAGAGCAUAGGGGCAGCCGCAGAAUGUCAAUGGCUGCCCCGAGGCCGCUUUCCAGAAGCAGGCCUCACGCUGUGCCAGCAGAACUUCCUCUGCAGCCUCCAGGACCAUUGGGAGUGCCUGCUUAUUCACGUUAUUUAGUCUAAAAACUAUCUUGUUGUGUCCUGAGAACUAAAAGUAUUCUUAAACGGAACGCAGGUAAUGUUGAGUCGUCCAAGAUCACCAAACAAUUCCAUGGUGGAGGUGAGAUUGAAAGAUCUCCAUCUGUUUCAAAGCUAUUUUACUUUAAUCGUAUGUUUGCCAUCUGGUAAUAUGAUGCUUAAGGGGAGCGGGUGGCGUUGUGGUGUAAACACACAACGAGCCUCUUGGGCUUGCCAAUCAGAAGGUCGGUGGUUCGAAUCCGUGCAAUGGGGUGAUCUCCUGUUGCUCUGUCCCAGCUCCUGCCAACCUAGCAGUUUGAAAUCACACCAGUGCGAGUAGAUAAAUAGUUACCGCUGUGGCGGGAAGGUAAAUGGUGUUUCCAUGCACUCUGGCUUCCAUCAUAGUGUUCCGUUGCGCCAGAAACGGUUUAGUCAUGCUAGCCACAUGACCCAGAGAGCUGUCUGUGGACAAACAUCGUCUCCCUUGGGCUGAAAGUGAAAUGAGCGCCGCAACCCGUCCCCUUUGACUGGACUUAACCGUCCAGGGGUCCUUCACCUUUUACCUAAUAUGAUGCUAGGGAGGUUAUUAUUCCUUACUGUUACUACAGUACAGUGGUACCUCUAGUUACGAACUUAAUUCGUUCCGGAGGUCUGAUCUUAACCUGAAACUGUUCUGAACUAGAGGCGUGCUUUCGCUAAUGGGGCCUCUUGCUGCUGCUGCACUGCCGGCACACGAUUUCCAUUCUCAUCCUGGGGCAAAGUUUUCAACUCGAGGUAACUCUUCCAGGUUAGCGGCGUUUGAAACCUGAGGCAUUUGUAACUCAAGGUAUCACUGUAUAGUUAAGCUGGAAAGCAGGGAGGGUAGAAUUGCCCAGGUAGGGAGCCCCUGCUCUGGUUCUCCAGGGGAUGUUGACCUCCAACUCCCGUUAACUCCAACCAGCAUAGCCAGUAGUUGGGGAUGUUGAGAACUGUAGUUCCAGCAAUAACUGAAGAGAGUCAAAGGUUAGCUACUCCUGCUCAUUAUCUUAUAGGACAAUGAAGUCUGCAGAAUGGUGGUAACAAUAGAUACUUAGAACAGCAGCUACUUCCUCUGAAAUGCACAACAAAUGCUAACGUGAAUUACUUUCUCAGAACUAAGGGUGUCAUUUUCCUAUAUUUCUAUGUACCGUGGAUGACACCGGCUGCCCUUCUUCAGAGCUGUGAUUUGGUUUUGCUGAUAAUGUGUCCCUUUUAACUUUACAGAGGGAUCCAUCAGAGACGGUGUCUGUGAAAGAUGUGUUAGCUCGUGCUGCGGCAAAAGGGUUAUUGGAAGGGAUUGACUUAGCAAAGCCAGCUAAGAGAGAAGAGAAAAAGAAAAAGAAACAGAAAGUAACCCAGCCAAAGACACCUACUAAAGAGGCAGUGAUAAAGUCCAAAAUUCAGGAGUUCCUGGAUCGAGAAAUGAAACCGGGCAUGAUUGAGUCAGAUACUUCCGUCUCUAAUUUAGCUUCCAGUGCCUCUCAAAAAUCUGUGAACCAGACAAAUAGUUCUGUUCCCCUGAAGAAAACAGUCCAACCCCCCUCGAACUCGUCUCUGCCAAUGAUGUCCAAGAAUUCUCUUACUGCAGCUUCCAUGCAAAAGAUGUUUGAAAAGCAUCGAAACAUCAGAAAACCAAAGCUUGACGAUAGUGUGAUGGUCUUGAAACCUGUCGAAAUCGUCCUGCCUCCGGUAAUGGUGCCAUACUUCAACCCACAAGGAAACCGAUCCCAUAUUUCGACUAACCAUUAUUAUUAUAAUUGGGGUGGAACUCAUGGCACGCUUAGCCCUUCUACAUCCAAAAAGCUGAUCAAGACAAAAGAGCCCUCACUUUCUUCUACAGUCAAGCAUUCUCGUCCGUGGCUUUGAAGAUUGCCUUUUGUAACUCAGUUUUUAACCGUAAUUCUUUCAAAAUUUGAAACUUGCAUUCCUCUAAUGGUAAAAAACAAAAACCCUUGGGCAUUCAGUAUUCAUCUGCAUUGGGACCAAACUGCUCUAGGCAGCAGUUAAGAUGCUCACAUGCCUUUUCCAAAGCUAUUAUUAUGGUAGCAGAGGGGCUGUUCUGCAGAAAGGCUUUUAUCUCAAUGAACUUUGAAUGUCAAAAUGCUUAAAUUAAUAUACAGUAUCAGAUUAUGCAGACAGGGGUAAACCAGAGGUUUCACGGGCAAUAGAUGAUCAGCUUAGAAUACAGCAGACAGAUUCUGUCUAAGUAAAAACUUACAGGUACUGAAUUUUAGGGCUAGCCGUUACAAUUGUAAAGAAGAACAGGGCUUCUAAAAAGUAGAAGUGGAUUUCAGUUCUUAUUUUCUAGAUAUUUCAGUGUAAAGCCUUGGGAAUUUUGAAUACCUUACCUUGUAUCUUUUUCUAAAAUUGGUUCCAGUCUGCAGAGUGAUCUUUCAAGACUUCAGCCUGUUUAAUAAUCUGCUCAAAUCUUCUCUUCCAAAAGGACUGGUUUUUUUAUUUUAAAAAAGCAAAUUGUGACCAUUUUGGCUUUAAGAAUAGGACAUCACAACCUCAAAGAAAAAGGACAAGAACAUUUCCGGGCUUUCUUUGUGAGGGAGCAUAAUUAUUGGAUGGUUUCAUGUUGCUGCGGCUAGACACUGAACUCUACUAGGACGUCAAUAUAAAUAUUUGGCUCAUUAGGCAGCAUAGUUAAAUGGAAACAAACCUAUUAAACAAUUGCUGAUUAAUGCCUUUCAUAACUCUAGUCUGUUAUUUUCUGUGUCCCUGCGCCCUAGCCACUUAGUAUCUUUUGUAACUAAGGAUUUUAUGGGCUCAGUUGUAACACAUAUGCAUUAGUCCUAGAUCAUUACAGGAAAGACAAACGUUCUGUGCUUCCUUAUAGGUUGACUAUAUUAUUUCUGUAAUGUUUGAAGGGCAUUCAUAUAUCAUCUGUAAAAUAUACCCAUGAGGCAUAGUUAACUGAGAUGCCUAGGUAUCUUUUCAGAUGUUGGAAGAAAAUUUCUGUUCCGUAUGAAACAGUCUUCAUUAUAUAUAACAUAUCAGGAGCAAUUAAGCAUUUGGUGGUGGGUAAAUUGAAGAGGAUGCAUAACGUGGCAAACCAGAAGUGUUUUGGCUGGCAUCUACAGUUGAGAGUACUAUUGCGUUAGGUAAUAAUAAUAAUAAUAAUAAUAAUAAUAAUAAUAAUAAUAAUAUUUAUACUCCAUCUGGCUGGGUUUUCCCAUACUUUUGUAUUAAAUAUUCAGAAACCAUCUUUUUCCUUUAGUAAACCUACUCUCAUUAAAAUCUGCCCUAUUUUAGAUUUUAAUCUGCAGAUUACAUAGCUGAAAAGGAAUAAUAACCAUUUCUUUUUACCAAGCUAAGACGAGUGUUUUUAGAAUGGUGGCUUUUCUUGUGGAAUCACGAUUCUCCCAGCGACAUAAACACAAGAGGCCAGCAGUUAAUGCAGCUAAAUUUAUUCUUGCAACAGAUUACAUUUAAAUGUGUAAAAAGUGGACAAUGGUGGAAAAAACUUUCCUGUUUUAAAAUCAACUACUUCACGUAAUAGCGAGAGCUCUUACUGAUAAACUGUGUGUAUUUUCUCCUUUCUCUUUUGCAGAUAGUGAAAUAA